UCGCGAAAUGAAAAGGCAGCUAUUUAAUAGAUUCCGACCCAACAAAACUCAUAACAAAUUAGUUCGAAAAUAAAAAUAACAGAAGUGAAAAAGCCACGACAAAACUCGAAAAGGAAAUAAAAGAGAGGGGGGCAUUUGUGGAAUUGGUUAAUGAGGAGGUGAGGUGUGUUUUAAUAUGAGCAUAUAACGUUUAUUGGGUAAAAGUGUCUGAUGACAGCAAGUUUUGCCCCUGCCAAAGGAAGGCCGGUCCCCGUCGCUGCUUUUUUUUUUUCCGUUCACUCUCAGGCCCGGCCAUUUUUUCUGUCAUUAAUCUUCCUCACAGAAACCCUAAUUACUGAAAUCUUUUUUUCACAUUGUCAUAGAAAAAAAAGAGAGGUGGCUGUUUUGUUGUUGUUGUUGUUGUUAUCAUUCACAUUCACCUCAUUGUUAUAAAAAAUCUUAACUUUUGUUUUGUUUGGACAAAAGGGGUGGAGAAAAAUUGUGUUGGGUCCUUGUGAGAGGACGGAAAGCAAGAAUCUUGGGUCGUUUUGGGUUAGCACAAAAGUACAGUCUGUUAGAGUAAAAGUGCACCAUCAUAUUGGCUGGCAAAAGGUGCCUAGAUAAUAAAGCGAAUGUGCUGACUGCCAGAGGAGAACCAGAAUUUGGAUUUUCAGGUUCAACCUUUAAGUUCUUACUCUUGAAAAAAGAUCAGGUUACAAGUAACAUUUGGAGGGAAACAUGGCUAGCAGUGAAGAUAUUAUUCUCUCAGCUGUGCUCAAUCUUCUAUCUGCAUUUGCAUUUCUUGUGGCAUUUGCUAUUCUACGACUCCAACCAAUGAACGACAGAGUGUACUUUUCAAAAUGGUAUCUGAAGGGUAUACGAGCAAGUCCGAGAACUUCUGGAACAUUUAUGAAAAAAUUUGUCAACUUGGACUGCAGAACAUACCUAAGGUUCUUGAAUUGGAUGCCUGCAGCUCUAAGAAUGCCAGAACCAGAGCUUAUUGAUCAUGCUGGUCUUGAUUCUGCCGUGUAUAUACGGAUAUACCUUCUUGGCUUGAAAAUCUUUGUUCCUCUCGCGCUACUUUCUUUUGCGGUUUUAGUGCCUGUCAAUUGGUCUGGGAAAUCAUUAGAGAAAACUGAGGGUCUAACAUUCAGCGCUAUUGAUAAACUUUCGAUAUCCAACGUGCCGGAUGCGUCAAAGAGGUUUUGGGCACACCUGGUAGUGGCUUACGUAGUCACAUUUUGGACCUGCUAUGUACUGUACAAAGAAUAUCAUAUAAUAACAACCAUGAGGCUUCAGUUUCUGGCCUCUGAAAAUCGUCGGCCUGAUCAGUUCACUGUCCUUGUGAGAAAUGUCCCUCCAGAUCCAGAUGAAUCAGUGAGCGAGCAUGUCGAACAUUUCUUUUGUGUGAAUCAUCCAGAUCAUUAUCUAACACACCAGGUUGUUUACAAUGCAAAUAAUUUAGCUAAGUUGGUUGAAAAGAAGAAGAGCUACAAAAAUUGGCUCACAUACUACCAAACUAAGUAUGAGAGGAACCCUAAGAUCAAGCCAAAAACGAAGACAGGAGUUUGGGGCCUUUGGGGAAAAACUGUGGAUGCCAUCGACUAUUAUACCACAGAAAUUGAGAAGUUGAGUAAAGAAGAAACUAUAGAAAGAGAAAAGGUAAUGAGUGAUCCCAAAGCAAUAGUUCCUGCAGCAUUCGUUUCAUUCAAAUCUCGUUGGGGAGCAGCUGUCUGUGCUCAAACACAACAAUCAAGUAACCCAACCAUUUGGUUGACACAAUGGGCUCCUGAACCACGUGACGUCUAUUGGAAUAAUCUUUCAAUACCAUUUGUUGAACUCAAUAUCCGCAAACUGCUAAUGACUGUUGCUUUCUUCUUCCUUACAUUCUUUUUUAUGAUCCCUAUUGCAUUUGUUCAAUCUUUGGCAAGCAUUGAUGGUAUAGAGAAUAAACUUCCCGUCUUAAGGCCAUUGAUACAAAUGGAAGUUGUCAAAUCCUUUAUCCAAGGUGUUCUUCCUGGGAUUAUAUUGAAGAUCUUUCUAAUUCUUCUUCCUAUGAUUCUAAUGGCCAUGUCAAAAAUAGAAGGCUAUACAUCACUAUCAUCUUUGGACAGAAGAUCAGCGACUAAAUAUCAUUUCUUUAUCCUUGUCAACGUGUUCUUGGGAAGUAUCAUCACUGGAGCAGCCUUUGAGCAGCUUCAGAGAUUCGUGGAUGAGCCUCCAUCAGAAAUUCCAAAAACAGUUGGUGUAGCUAUGCCGUUGAAGGCUACUUUCUUCAUUACCUACAUAAUGGUUGAUGGUUGGGCUGGAAUUGCUGCAGAGAUUCUUAGAUUGGUUCCUUUCAUUAUGUUUCAUCUUAAGAAUACUUUUCUGGUAAAGACAGAUCAGGAUAGACAGCAGGCUACAGAUCCCGGUUCGUUGAAUUUCUCUGUAUCAGAACCUCGCAUACAACUGUACUUCCUACUAGGCCUUGUGUACUCAGUGGUCACACCUAUACUCCUGCCUUUCAUCAUUGUCUUCUUCGCGUUCUCUUAUAUGGUUUUUCGCCAUCAGAUCAUUAAUGUGUACGAUCAGAAGUAUGAGAGCGGCGCAGCAUUUUGGCCAGAUGUACAUCGUCGUAUACUUACAGGUUUGGUGAUAUCCCAGCUUCUAUUGCUGGGUUUGUUGAGCACCAAAAAUAUAUCCAAAUCAACACCUGUAAUGAUUGCACUUCCAGUUUUGACAAUCUGGUUCCAUAUAUUUUGCAAGGGCCGAUAUGAGUCGGCAUUUGUAAAAUUCCCCUUGCAGGAUGCAAUGGUGAAGGAUACACUAGAACGGGCGACAGAACCAACUCUUAAUCUUAAAGCAUAUCUCAAGACUGCUUAUGUCCACCCAGUUUUUAAAGGUGUGGAGUUGGACAGACCGUCAGCAGUUGACGAUGAGGAGAAUAAUCCACUUGUUCCUACCAAGAGAUCACGCAGGAAUAGUAAGUCUCAUUCUGAAGAAGGCGUCUGAGACACGGGCUAUAGAGUCAGUUUUGUCACCCAAAGGCAGAUAGAAAGAACUUAAAAUGAAGUGGUUUCUAUUCUUUAUUCUGUUCUCCCCACUAUAACUUGUGCUGAGAUUUCUGCAGUAGAACAUGAAACAAUCAGAAUGUACUGAAUGCAGAACUUAAACGCGCGAUGAUGAUGAUAUCUCAGCUUCAGGCGCGUGUAAAUGCUCGCGAUAUAUAGGAGAAAGAAAGAUUUUCUUUAACUUUGUUCAUACCAUCUGAUGUUUAUGUGCAGAAUCCGAAGGCUAAAAUGGAAGUGUAAAACUAUAAUGGUACUUCAAUGUCUAAGCAAUCAAAGUACAACGUGACCAAAAGAAAGGCCCCUAUAAUAAGCUCCCAAACAUAUUAAAUUGCAAAAACAAGGUUUGUGUACAUCUAUCGGACUACAUUGGUUAUGUUGUUGUAAACAUAUUAAUUUUA